GCCAGGGAGGCGCGGGGCGGGGCCAGCGAGGUCCCCGGAAGAGGCCGGGGUCGGAGGGCUGGGCAGGGCUCAGUGUGCACAGUGCGCUGCGGUGACCCAGACGCAUCAGGCGGCCUCAGUGCAGCGGCUGUGGGAGAACCUCCAAGGGCUGCCCUCGGUGGAAAGAUGUCGGCCCUCGCCGCCCUGUUCAAGUAUGUGGACGACAAUCAGGACCGCUACAUCAAGAAGCUCGCGGAAUGGGUGGCCAUCCAGAGCGUGUCUGCCUGGCCCGAGAAGCGGGGGGAGAUCAGGAAGAUGCUGGAAGUAGCCGCGGCGGACAUCAAGCAGCUGGGCGGCUCCGUGGAGCUGGUGGACAUUGGAAAGCAGAAGCUCCCCGACGGCUCGGAGAUACCGCUGCCCCCCAUUCUCCUCGGCACGCUGGGCUCCGACCCCCAGAAGAAGACCGUGUGUAUCUACGGCCACCUGGACGUGCAGCCGGCGGCCCUGGAGGACGGCUGGGACAGCGAGCCCUUCACCUUGGUGGAGCGGGACGGCAAACUGUACGGGAGAGGCGCCACCGAUGACAAGGGGCCCGUGGCCGGCUGGCUGAACGCCCUGGAAGCCUUCCAGAAGACGGGUCAGGAGAUCCCCGUCAACCUCCGGUUCUGCCUGGAGGGCAUGGAGGAGUCGGGCUCCGAGGGCCUGGACGAGCUGAUCUUCUCCCGGAAGGACACCUUCUUCAAGGGCGUGGACUUCGUCUGCAUUUCCGACAACUACUGGCUGGGCAAGAGCAAGCCCUGCAUCACCUACGGCCUGCGGGGCAUCUGCUACUUCUACAUCGAGGUGGAGAGCAGCGACAGGGACCUGCACUCCGGCGUGUACGGGGGCUCGGUGCACGAGGCCAUGACCGACCUCAUCGCGCUGAUGGGCUCCCUGAUGGACAGGAAGGGGAAGAUCCUGGUGCCCGGCAUCCACGAGGCUGUGGCCCCUGUGACGGAGGAGGAGCUGGAGCUCUACGACAAGAUCGACUUUGAGCUGACGGAGCACGCCAAGGACGCAGGGGUGCAGACUUUGCGGCACAGCUGCAAGAAAGACGUCCUGAUGCACAGGUGGCGGUUCCCGUCGCUGUCCCUCCACGGCAUCGAGGGCGCCUUCUCCGGCUCCGGGGCCAAGACCGUGAUUCCCAGGAAAGUGGUCGGCAAGUUCUCCAUCAGGCUCGUGCCCAACAUGACCCCCGAGGCCGUCGGCAAGCAGGUUACAAAGUACUUGACGGAGAAGUUUGCUGAACUGCACAGCCCCAACAAGUUCAAGGUGUACCUGAACCAUGGUGGGAAGCCCUGGGUGUCCGACUUCAACCACCCUCACUACAUGGCUGGGAGAAGAGCCCUGAAAACAGUUUUUGGUGUGGAGCCGGACUUGACCAGGGAAGGUGGCAGCAUUCCCGUGACUCUGACUUUUCAGGAGGCCACGGGCAAGAAUGUCAUGCUGCUGCCCAUGGGGUCGGCUGAUGACGGCGCCCACUCCCAGAACGAGAAGCUCAACAGGUACAACUACAUCGAGGGAACCAAGAUGAUGGCUGCCUACCUGCACGAGGUGUCGCAGCUCAAGGACUGAGGGCCCUCAGCCCUGCACCCCCACCCUCUUCCGACCGCUCGCGCAAGCAGCCUGUCCUCCUCCUCCUCCUCGUCCGCGAGGGGGCGCGAGAGCCCCAGCCUGCCCCCGAGUUUUCAGGGGUGCUCAGCGUGACUCGGUCCCCGGCUCCAGUGGCACGAGUUCUUCCGCAGACACUUCUGGCCGGCGUCCAGGUGGCUGAACAGGGGCCGCAGCGCUUCCUGGCUCCGCCUCUGCCUCUGCUCCAGGGUCGGCCCCGGGGAGAAUCUGGUCUGGUCGGGGCACCACCCGUUGUCCCCUUCCCGGCCUCUCGGUGCCCCGCCCUUCUCCGAACGCUGCUGGAACCGUGGCGAGGCCUCUCCUGUCUCCUCGCGGACCCUCCAUCCGGACCCGCCUGGGCGGGUCACGGGGUCUCAGGCUGUGUGGAUAAAUAAAGAGUGCGAAGGGG